GCUGCAUGAGCACUCCCUCCCCCAUAAGGCACACACAUCAGCAGCUCUGCUCAUCCAGGGAGCCACAUAGCCCAGACUGGAGGACACAGGAGCUGCACACAGAAAGGAAUUGAUAGAGGACCUCUGAGAGCAGCUGGGAACACAGCCACCAAGACUGGGACUGGAGCAGAGAGCAGGGAAGCAGACAGAGGGUAAGGAAUGAGCAGAGCACACUCACUGCCACAUAAUGGUCACUCAUCCUCCUCCUAGCCCUGUGAGCAGCUCUCAGACAGGCUGGAUAGGGAGCCCAGUGAAUGUGCUGAUAGCGGUGAAUGGGGCUGUGUGAGUUCUCCCUGUAUUGUAUGAGGCCAUAGUGCCAGCCCCAGGGUGUCCCUGUGUGCUCUCCAUAUUUAAAUAGCUAGGCUUACUGAAGCUCUAUGGGCUGGGGAGGAUCAGGACACAAAGAGGCCACCAGGCACUGCUGCUGGUUGCUGAGUUAACCCCCUGUGCAUGUCAGUAAGAUAGCCAUAUGAAUUACCUCUCACACUGGCCUUCUUCCCCACUGGUGCUCAAUGGGUGUAUAAUUCUGUGAUUGGGGUGUGUAUGUUUACAGAUUUUUACCCUUACAAGUAUAGUUUCUGUAAAUAUAAAUUAUAUGUGGCGUAUGUUCCUAGUGGUUCAUUACCUAACCCCCCACACCAUCACUACCACAUGUUGUUGCAGUUAUUAUUGUGUUGUGCUGUGAAUUUUCUGUAUGUGUUUUAUAUAAAUCCAUAUAACAGAGAGGUUAACAUAUUAAAGACACUGGGUUAAAUUAUCCUUAGAGGAAUCUGAUGGUGAAGCCCAGAUAAAUGGUGAUCUAAUAGACAUACAGCGCUACGGAUUUUGCUGGCGCUAUAUAAAUAAUAAAAUAAUAAUAAUAGAAGGAUGUCAGUGCAGUAUUUGCUUUAAUAGAGUAGCUAGUAUCUUCCCCUCUGUGCUUACUGCCCCUAUAGACUGUUUAUGUGACUGCAGUGCAUUUCAGGAAUGUAACUGUUAACCUUUAGUGUAAAACACACUUAUUAGUGUAAAACACACUGUUGUGUGAGCAAUGAGCAUAACAUUGACUUCAUAUACUGCAUGGUAGAGCUGGACAGAUGGGACAUUUAAUAAUUCUUUAUUAAUUGUAUCUAUGUUUUAGUAGUUACUAUACCAUGCAGGAUUGUUGCAUCACAACAUCAGCAGAAACUGAUCAGAGCCAAAGGCCAUGGUACAUAGUAGUUAGAUCUGCAUUGACAGAUGAUGGGCCCUGUAGAACAUUGGAAAUUCUUUGGAAUCCAAUAGAAUUGAUUAGUAGUAGUAGUAACAAAAUCAGGUAAAGAUCAUUUGGUACAGAAUUGCUUUUUGCUGUUCUGAAUGAAAGGAAACUGAACACUUUAGUUCUAGAGCCAUAUCUUUUUACUUGUUGCUUUUUGUUUCAUGUUCUUUUUCACAUGAUUAUAUCUCGUCAUAUGUUGUUGAAUUGAGCAGCACUAAGAAUGGGCAGGCUGUAAGCACUGUAGAAAACCACAGUAGGCCAGAUCCAGGCUGUGUUGGCUUGCUGUGUACAUGCUGGCAAAAUCAGACUUUUAUUAAUGGAAUUGCAAAACAAUAAAUUAGAUAUUCAAGAGACAGAAUGCUUAGUGGUGGGCUCACAGUGAAAUCCCCAGGUAAGGCGUUACACACCCAAAAUGUGACAGGGGAUUUCGUGCUGCCAGUGUGCAAAUAAUUAACAGCAGUUUUGGUGUUUGUGAAAUACCCAGUAUAUUCAUUCGGGUACAUUUUAUACCUUAGACAUUGAUAUGAAAAAAGCAGUAUAUCAGUUUGUGCUGAGGUCUGCCAUGCAAUAACACAGUACAAAACAAUAUGUAAAAAUAAUCCCCUUUGCUGAUUCUGUGCUAAAACACAGUUUCUUGACAGUUGCUAAAAUAUGUGUUAUAAGCCUUAACUCCCUUUACGAGACAGAACCUAUAAAGAUUCCUUCCAUGAUAUGAAAUGCCAAGCAUGCACAAACUGUUAGCCCUAACUCCACAUCUAGGUUUUCUCAAACAGUACUCAAAAAUCAAGAACGGAUGUCCAAAUGGGUGAUCCAAGAAAAAAAAUGAAUUCUAAUGAAGCUUGGAUUUCUGGGUAAACAAAGACAACCCCUAUGUGUAAACCCCCUCACCCUGUGGCAGACCAUGGAGGGAGCAUUAGGGCAAAUUCACACCUUAAAAUCAGGACUAUUUAAGUCUGGCCAGCCACAGAGGCUGAAUGAAUGACCGUCCCCAUCACAUGCCUGUAGCCAUGUUCUAUAUAUGAAUCUGUGUCUGUCUGUCACAACACCCCAGACUUGAUAUUGUUUUGGGUGAAGGGGGGCGGGUUGACCUCUUUACCGCCACUAUAACAGGAUUAAGUAUAGCCCUUAAGAAAAGAAAAUGUUAUCUGCACAGUAACUAAUUUAUGUCCUUAUAGGAUCUCUGUGAGGGCGAUUUCUACUUCACUAGCCUAUUGUAAAGUGCUAAUUAAUUUAGCUUAUCCUCUGUUAGGAGAUGAUUUUCUUAAUGCCAACACUAAUUAACACUGUGCUGCUAAAAAUAGACAAUAAGCAACGACGCAGGCUAAAAACCUCAAUUUUCUAUGAAGCAUUAAAGGAGAAUGAAUUAUUAUAUAGGAGUUUGAUCCCUUCCGCAUGGGUGGUGGGUCAUUGAUGUGCCAGGCUGUGUUUAUUAUUAUUAUUAUUAUUAUUAUUAUUAUUAUUAUUAUUAUUUAUUUAUAUAUAUAUAUAUAUAUAUAUAUAUAUAUAUUUUUUUUUUUUUAAUAUACUGAAUUUCAUUUAUGGGUACACUGUUUCAUGACUUUAAUGAUUUUGUGUUUCUCAACUCAUAGAUUGAGCGUUACAGAGAUCCCACUGCCAGUUGAAAGUAAUGAGUGGUUCCCAUACAGCUAUUACUCCACUUGCCCCAUGCAUGGAGGGCUUGCCCCCAUUACCAAAGAGCCUAAGCGGUCUGCUGAACUCAAGUGGAGGUUCAGGGUGGCGUGACCUGGAACGAGUUUAUGCCCAAAAAUCCAGAAUCCAAGAUGAUUUAAGUCGUGGAGGGACAAGUGGCAGCGUUCAGUCCCACCCCAAACCACCUAACCUUGACGCUGCACUGGCUCUUCUCAGGAAAGAGAUGGUAAGUUCUGUGUAGGAAUACGUUAAGUGGUGAAAUACUGCAAAUUGUGCAUCUGAGAAGUCCUUUCAUCAUUUGAGUCUAUCUAGAUCACUGGGGAGGACGGGGGAGGGAACUCUGGAGCUCCAAUGUUUUGUUUUUUUGUACAGGAUUCCCAUUAAACUCAGGCAGUCAGAAGGAUUACCUAGCCCAUAGUAAACAUAACUGCCUAACUGUGAUUCAAACUCUUGUCACACACAAAAAAAUAAAUAAAUGAAUACCAUCAGAUUGAAUCAUCUUUAUUGGGAAAUGUGUAUUUAUUUUAUUCAUACGUUCUGUUACGACAUUGCAUGUCUCAACCUGAUAAAUAUUUUCUUAUUUUUGCAAAAUGUUUUUGUAUUUUUUUUUUAUUUUAAACUUAAAACAAAAGCUGAACUUUAAAGUGUUUUUUUUUUUUUUGUGCUAUUUUUACCUGAAUUGUGCUAGAUCAUUAUUAUUUUCUUAUAAAUAAACCUGGAUGUGUGUAUAUGUUUCUCUUCUCUAAUAUAUUUUUAUUAUUAAGAUUCACUUGGGUUAAAGGGACACUCAGUGCAACAAAAUACUACAACUAACUGAAAUGAUUAGAUAACAUACAGAGCCUUGGUGCGUCCCCGGUAUAAAGUCAAUCCUUUAGAAACAAUUUGACAUAAAUCAAGGCUCAUCUUAAAUCCCAGAGACGAUCCUCUCUUUGGCCACAUUGAUAAUGCAGAACCAAAUGUCUGCAUUAUUAAUGGUAAUUUAUCCAACCUGGAUGACAUUGAUUGACGGAGGCUGCUUAGCCCGGUGCUCUCAGCCAAUCGGUCUCAUCUCAUCCAGGUUGAAUGAAAUUAAUUUUGAUAAUGAAAAAAUGCAGCCAAGGAGGGGACAGAGUAUUAGUACCAUGAACACCUUCAGUAUGUUAAACAACUUGCCUUACACUGAGGAACAGCUCCUGGGCACUCUAGGUAAAGUAACCAUUACAGCAAGCUCUAGUGGUUAUGUUACUUAGAGUGCCCCUUUAACCCUAUCACUAUCCAAAGGCUAAGUAAAAUACUACAGAACCCAAAGGGUCUUCUAUUUCAUAAGUAAACACAAAAGACUAAGCAUGCCAUCCUCAUUGCUCUAUCCAAUAAUGACUUUAGGAUACUCAUUAAAAGUUGACUGUAGGAGGGAGAAUUUGUCUGUGUAAGCAGAUUGAGACAUUGGAUGUACUAUUUUUACACCAGGCUGCUUGUGCUGGGUUUAAGGACAUAUGUGCUAACACGUCCAUUUAUAGAGGAGCGGCACUUUAAUUGUGUGCUUCAUUCUGUGUCAUAGAAACUAGAGAAUAUUAUGAUGAGAUGGUGAUGAAGUUUUAAUUGAAUGCCAUAAAAGUCCUUACGUUGGAUUAUAGCCUAAUUAAUUGGUCUCGUUAACUUCACUCUCUCAGUUUGGAAACUCCCAGGGCAUGUCCGCUUCAUUCUUUGAGCUCUUAGUGCAUCCAUGUGAGCACCCAAAUCCAAAUGCCUGAACUGUAUAUGCAAAGUCACAUGGAUUUGGUGGGCUCUUACAGAGCUGGUUGGAUGUUUGAAUCUAAUGUCAUAACCUGAUGAUAAAUGAGUAGCAAACUCCCUCUUUGGUGCAGACUAUGCAAAUGAUAUGUGAUGUAGGAGAAUCCACAUUUUAUUUCCUUCUCAAAACCUUAAUUUUUAAGAAGGUUUAUUGUUCCCUGCUCUACGUGCAUUCUAUGUGGGUAGACAAAAAUAGCUGAUUUGGAAAAAAUUUCCACAGCCGCUUUAGUCACAUGCUGGCUCUAUAUUUUACAAUUUAGUUUUCAACUCGCUUUAAUUUGGUGUUCAUGUAAAUAAAUCUAAACCUUUCUGUGUUCUGAUUAAGUCUCACACUUUUUUCUUCCUGUGGCAGCAUAUAAUAGCACGAAGACAGAAGCAAAUGUCUUGUACCCCAUCAAAUGGUGCAGAAUAUAGGAAAUCCCCAAAAAUGCCAAUAAAAGGGUUAUUCAAGAAACUGUGAAGUGUCUGUGAAUUUAAAAUUUUAGGAAAAUAGUUAAAUUAAAGAAAAAUUGUCUAUUAUGUUGUCAAGUCAAAGCAGUCUGUCUGUUCUGAAUGUCUCUGUUAAUAUAGUCCAAGUUUUACGAUUUGGGCUGAGCUUCCUUCCACUAUGAAGAAAGAAACCCGACUGUGGAUAAAAUGAGAGCACUUGAGGGAUUGUCUUUAUCGGUUUACAGAGCAGUUCCACCUAUUCUGCAUAAUGAGUGAAACUGCUCUUGGAAAUAAAGUAGGAGUUUUUGAGAUUGCUGCUGCACGCAGACUUGCUAGACAGUGUAGGAAAUUAAAUUAUGCUAAAUAAUCCCCCACCCCUUAAUUUUAUUUUUAAUUGAUCUAUUCAUACAGUAUAAACAUAAAUAAUGGUAGUUUUUAACACCAAUAUUCGCUUUAGAACAAGAACCUGGUAUAUCUGCCAUAACUAGAAAGAGCAGUAGUGCGGAAAUGUAAUUUUAAUAUUCUGCAUACCUUGGCUAUUGUUAAAGAUCCUUUCUCUUAAGUUCCCAGUUUUCACUCUACAUGGUGAGAGGGGUUGACCAUUUGCCCACUGACAAAUGAUCAGUCCUAUAAUUUUAAUGGUAGGUGUAUUUUAACAGUGAGAGAAUAAUAGAGGUCAGACUUUUCUUGUAGUUGGCCAGCAGGUUUGCACACUUCUCAGGAGGGAUUUUGUCCCACCACUCUUUGCAGGUCCUCUCCAAUUCAUUAAGGUUUCGAGGCUGACGUUUGGCAGCUCGAACCUUCCGCUCCCUCCACAGAUUUUCUAUGGGAUUAAGGUCUGGAGACUGACUAGGCCACUCCAGAACCUUAAUGUGCUUAUUUUUGAGCCACUCCUUUGUUGUUUUGGGUCAUUGUCAUGCUGGAAUACCCAUCCAUGACCCAUUUUUAAUGCUCUGGCUGAGGGAAGGAGGUUCUCACUUAAGAUUUGACAGUACAUGGCCCCGUCCAUCGUCCCUUUGAUGCGGUGCAGUUGUCCUGUCCCCUUAGCAGAAAAACACCCCCAAAGCAUAAUGUUUCCACCUCCAUUUUCGAUGGUGGGGGGGUGGUGUUCUUGGGGUCAUAGGCAGCAUUGCUCCUCCAAUGCAUGUUGAGUUGAUGCUAAAGAGCUCAAUUUUGGUCUCUUCUGACCACAACACUUUCACCCAGUUCUCCUCUGAAUCAUUUAGAUGUUCAUUGGCAAACUUCAGACAGGCCUGUAUAUGUGCUUUCUUGCGGGUACUUCAGGAUUUCAGUCCUUCACGGCAUAGUUUGUUAUCAAUUGUUUUCUUGGUGACUAUGGUCCCACCUGCCUUGAGUUCAUUAACAAGAUCAUCCUGUGUAGUCCUGGGCUGAUUCCUCACCGUUCUCAUGAUCAUUGAAACUCUUGCAUGGAGCACGAGACCGAGGGAGACUGACCGUUAUUUUGGUUUUCUUCCAUUUGCGAAUAAUCACACUAACUGUUGUCACCUUCUCACCAAGCUGCUUGGCAAUGGUCUUGUAGCCCAUUCCAGCCUUGUGUAGAUUGGACAGCUCUUUGGUCUUGGCCAUGGUGGAGAGUUUGGAAUCUGAUUUGCUUCUGUGGGCAGGUGUCUUUUAUACAAGUAACGAGCUGAGAUUAUGAGCACUUUCUUUAAGAGAGUGCUCCUGAUCUCAGCUCGACACCUGGGAGACAGAAAUCUUGCUGAUAGGGUAUCAAAUACUUAUUUUACUCAUUGAAAUGCGACUCAAUUUAUAACUUUUUUGACAUGUGGUUUUUUUUCUGGAUUUUUGUUUUGUUAUUCUGUCUCUCACUGUUAAAAUACACCUACCUUUUAAAAUUAUAGACUGAUCAUCUCUUUGUCAGUGGACAAACGUUCAAAAUCAGCAAGGGAUCAAAUACCUUUUCCCACGGCUCGAGUCCUGCUGGAACUCGUGGGAACAGCGUUCCUGCACUUUUUUUAAGAGCAGGAACACCGUUCCUGUUUGUGGUCCUGCAGGCCCCCUGUUUUCUCCCUGUCAUGGGGGGGCCCAAGAAGUGGCCUGAUGGACCCCCAUGGCGGGCGCCUGUCUCCUCUCUGCUCUCUCGCGCGCUAUUUGCUGAUGCCGGGUGCCAGGAUAUGACGUCAUAUUCCAGCUCCCGGCAUAAGUAGACAGCCCACGCGGCAAGAGAGUUCAGAGAGGACACAGCUCCCUCGCCGCGUCUGACAGCGAGACAGGCGCCCGCCGCACUGAAGCCCCACUGGACCCCAGGGACAGGUCCACGCCAGCUCUCCAGGUAGGGAAGCUGGGUGGACAUUUUUAAAUUCAAAAAACAUAUAUGAAUAAUUUUUGUGUGUGUGUGUGCAUGCGCACGUUUAUAUAUGCAUACGAGUGUAUUUUUUGGGGGGGAUGGAACUUGGGUGAGUUCCCACACCUUAUUCCCCAGGACUUGACCCCUGCUUUUCCCCCUCACUAUAUAUUUCGGAAGACAUUUAGGCUAGUUUCUUUUUGGUAACAGAUGUAGGAUAUCCAUCAACAAUGUCACCUAAUUGUAUAUCUGUAUCCUUUAGAGUGAGAGAAACACAAUGGUAUCUCCUGCCGUUGUCCGUGCACUAGUAAAAAAUGUGUGGAGAAACUUUUUUUUUUAAAUAUUAAUCCACAACUUUCUGAAAGGAGAAGUACAGAUUAACUUUGUGAUAUUUGCCAGCCAGGGGUGGGGCUGUUUUGUCACAGCCUGGGUUCCUUGGUCUAAUCCUGCAUGCAUAGAGAAAAUAUUGGCCAACUUUUGUUUAAUACAAAAUGAGAUAUGUUGUUUUGCCAGCACGGCUCUUGUCUUGCUGAAAUCAAAACAUAAGGAACGCACCCUUAAGACUAAUAGAGGAGAGGGUUUAGUGUUGCCAUAGAAUGGUUUGACACUCUGCAUUUUUUUCCUUUCUUACAGAUUAUGUAUAAAAAAUAUAUAUUUUGACCUUAAAUUGUUACAAAGCAAAAGUGAUUUAGAAUGUUUUGACUGUUGCAAACAUGCACUUGGGCUGCAUGUGACCUCUAGAAUGUAAGCUAAUCUGAGCAGGGUCCUCAUCAACCUAUUGUUCCUGCAAUAUUUUGCAAGUGUCUCAUUUAUUGUUACACUUACCCUUUUUAUAAUAUUGUAAAGUUCUGCGGAAUAGGUUGGUGCUAUAUAAAUACCAAUAAUAAUUAAUGUGACCAAGGCAGAACAUUUAUAUCCAUACCGGAACUUUACAAGGGUAGAUGUAAGAUCUAUAUAUUCAAAUAAAUGUUUGCUUCCCUAGGCAACAUGUAAGUCUUGAAAUGUCGCAAAACCACAUAUUAGCACGUUGCUGCUUCUCCAGGGCAAUCUUUCCCUUCUGAGAAUCAGUAUUUGUGUGAGAGUUAUGUUUUUAUUGCUGCUGCUGUCCAGAUCUAUUCAGAAUGGAGCCUUUAUCCAUGUUCCUUUUUUGACAUACUAUCAAUUUACCAGGUAGUUGAGACCAACUACAUUUAGGGCAGGAAACACACCUUUUAUUCCUGUCAUUCCGCGCUUCUUGCCCUUAAUUGAAUGCAGUGUUAAUUUUGUCGACUAACAAUUUUAGUUAAUUAAAUGUUUUGAGAUUUAGUCGACUAAAACUAACAUUUUUUUUUUUUUUUUUUGUCAAAAGACUGACUAAAACUACAUUAAAAAAAAUUGCCGCCAAUAUUAACACUGCAUAGAUGGGCUGUGGAAGGGGCAAAGAGACAGACCAGGGCUUGGGAGUGAGACACCUAGAGGGGCGGGGAGGACUCAAAGACACUGAGGGUUUGGGGAAGGGGCAAAAUAAACAAAGAGAGGCUUGAACUAAAGUAAAUAGAUAAAUUGAAAUUGAAACAAUUCAGAUGAGUAAAAUAUGACUAAAACAGCUUUUUAGUCAAAAGACUAUGACUAAAAUGUAAUUGAAAUUUUACACCAAAAUUAACACUGAUAGAAUGGAUUAAAUAAAUUAAUAGAUUCUCUUACAGAUGCAUAGCCCUACACCCAUUUAGGUAUCAAAAUCCACAAAAUACUGUCCAGGUUUUUACAAAAAUCAAACAUGGAAAAAUUAGGCAGACAGAAGAAUGUAGAAAUAUAUAUAUAUAUAUAUAUAUAUAUAUAUAUAUAUAUAUAUACACACACACACUAAAUUACAAGGGUGGGGGGUAAUAUCAAAUAAAGAGCUUGACUUUUUGGAUAUACAUGCAACCAGUCUCUUCAAUAGGAGUGCAAAGAUUGGACAUUGUUUUACCAACUUAUGUGAAUGUGUUCUGUGUAAAUCAUCAUUUGGUAUUGUAGCAAUAGAAAUAUAGACAACAUAAUCCCAAUCUGAAAUAGCAUUUUAAAUUUAUUUAAAAAAAAAAAAAAAAUCUUGACUUUUCUGUCUGUGUGUGUGUGUGUGUGUGUAUAUAAAUAAAAAAUAUGGAAAACAAGAAAUAAUGUAAUACAUAGUUAAUUGCUCAGUGCUUAUAAAUCAUCUGAUGUAGUACAUGAAUACUUAUCAAGCGUUGACAGUACAGCUGUGGUGAUCAUAGCUGGAGCAAUAUUUAUCUUGCGCUUAUAUUAAUAUCCUAUUUCUAUGUUCUUUUUAAGGUCGGGCUUAGGCAGCUGGAUAUGUCCCUCCUGUGCCAGCUUUAUUCCCUAUAUGAGUCCAUCCAGGAAUAUAAAGGUGCGUGCCAGGCAGCUUCCAGUGCAGACUGCACCUACGCCAUGGAAAAUGGAUUCUUUGAUGAAGAGGAGGAAUACUAUCAAGAAGCUGGUGACCUUCACAAGGGAGUGAGAGACGAUUCUGAAGGAAACCUAGCAUUAAAUGUAGCACAAAACAACGACUGGAUACUGGAGAAUAUUUAACACGGCAUAUCUGACUUGAGGAAAAUUGGGGAAACACACUCUGUUGGUGCCGAAACUUUUUCUUUUUUUUCUUUUUUUCUUGUAAUUUUGAUUUCUAAGGAACCUUUUUAAGGAAAAUGCCGUUUUUGUUCUAAAAACAUAUGCCUGGCAUAUUUUCGAAGACUGAUCUCCCACGCGUCCACCAUGGGUGGUUUAUAUUGCUACAAGCAAUUUAAAAAAUAACUUUGUAAUCAAGUGCCUUUAACAUCCUGCUGCACUUAAACCAUUUUCACUGGGAGCACAGACUUUUCAGGACGACAUAUUUAAUAUGUGUAAGACUAGAAGUUAGAGGUAGAAAUGAUCACUUUGGCCAAUCCUGUGUAGGUAUUGAGUAAAGCUCCAAUACAGGUGUAGUUAGAUUUGUGUUGCAUUCAAUUACCUCAAACUAUGGAAAGCUUUGUAACGCUAAUAUAUCUAGUGACAAUAUCAUCCAGGCAUAGGCAACAUUUGUGAAAUACCUGUUGUACGUUCCUAGAUUGCAUGAAAGGGCUCAAACUGAUUUUAGAGAUUCUUGCCAUAAAAAAUUGCAUUCUACACCCCACCAAAGUUAUUAGAAAUGUGAUUUACGUCAUGAGAGUUUGAGGAGUUAUCUUAAAGUGACAUUACCCUUUCUUUCUAGAAGCAAACGUUAAAAUGGUGUUGCCACCUGAAUAGUGUAAGAUUGGCAUGUACCAUUACAGAUACACUCCAUUUUAUGUUGACUGCUGUUCAAUGCUUUCUGACAGCUGCCUAAACACGGGGUUGGUGAAAGAAUGUGCUUGGGCUCUAGUCAAUCAGUGCCAGGUUUCCUAGAGGCAACAUUCUGGCAAUAAGUUUCUCUUAUUGAUAAUGAGAGCGGUAUUUGUAAUUCGCACAUGGCACUUACGGUUGACUAUAUCAAUUUCAUAAAAAAGUUAUUUACUGCAGAAAGAAAUGUUUAAUCACAGAAGAGAAAGAUGCUUCAUACUGAAGUAUUGAUGGUUGUGUCAUGGGAUAAAGUUGCCUGUAUCAUAAAACAUACACAUAAUGUUUUCUUAUGUAAAUGCUUUUUUUUUUUUUUUAAUACAAUGGCUCUUUAAAUACAUUUAAAUUUUUAACACUUGUUGAAAACAUGGGGUAGGCAAAUAUCUUGUUAUUGUUAUGACUCGAUCAUGUUAUUUGACCAUAAAUGCGUUAAGGGAAUAAUGUAUGUAAAAUAUUUUUAACAUUAUCGUCACAAUUGAGAUCAAAUUUAACUUCUAACACUGCAUUGAUUACCCCCAAGGCACGGGACUAAGGAAUGUCAAGACAUCUCCAUGAUGUGUACUGCACCAGGGGCUUGAUUAUAAUUUCACAAACUGGUAGAAUUGGCAGUGUUUCGUCUUGUUAGGUACUCUGUAAAAGCAUAAAUGGUUUUACCAAAAGUUGCAAAACAAGAUGUAUAAACACAUUGUUAUUAUAUACUUUUAUUGUCGUCUUAUUAGGCUGGCGACUAAUUGCAGAGCACUGCUUAUACUCAUACAUAUAUGCAUAGGUAAUGCUUAUUUUAGACUCAUUAAUAAAUAUUCUCUACUAAGGCAUUCAAAAUAGAAUGUACAAAAGGUAGUGUACUUACUUAUUCACUGUGUUAAAAGAGCACUCCAACCACCAUAAUUACAUCCCAAUGGUGUCUUUCUUAGAGGGGUUAAACAAUUUGUCCAAAAUAUUUCAAAUGGCAUGUGUUAGCUCAGCCCUUCAUACCCCACAUCAGUCCUAAGCUUUUUGAGGAAGCUUUGGACUGGAUGCAGUUGACACCCAGACCACUCCAAUGGGCAGAAGUGGUCUGGGUGCCUGGAGUGUCCCUUUAAGGAGUUAAAGUAACACUUUGGGCCCCAUAACAACGUCAUCCCAAUGAAGAGGUGAGGAGGAGGAGGAGGAGAUUGUUUUCCUGGCACUGGAGUUUCCCUUUAAGGACACAUGACAUGUGUGACAUGUUAUGAUUCACUUUUAUUCCAGAAGUUUGGACCUAAGGGGUUGAAUAUCUGCACUGGUGGGGGCAAAUAAUGAGGAGCACAUAUGCGUCAACAUAUUUCCUAAUAGAUUGCAAAGAACAAAGGUAUAGAACUGCCCCCCCAGAUAUUGUACUACAGUUCCCAUCAUUCUUUUGCAGGCUUUCAACAGGCACAAAAUUGGAGCUGAAGGCCACAAGUGGACGCUCCCUACAUAAGUAAGAAAGGGACAAAAAACAAUCCUUCAGCAUUUUUUUUUUUUUUUUCUGCAUUUCCAUUCAAGCAAACUUUUAACUGUUUUUAAAAUGUCAUUAUGCAUCCUCCUAAAUGAUGACUUACUGUGCUCUGUUACAACCAUAAUAUAUAUAGGAAACAUACCAUACAUUUAGCUUUAGAAUUGUUUUUUACUAUAUUUGUUGCAUUGCAUUUCACACCAAUCUCACACUGUCUUUAUUUAUAAGUACUCAUGGUACUGGGAUCAGUAGGAAUUUUAUUUUUUCUCUCUUUUUUUUUUUUUUUUUCCCCCCAUCAAAUUUUAUAUUUUAAACAUAUCAUGUAUUUAAUUUUACAAUUGUUUGACACUUUAAUGAUCCAUCCAUAUGCUGCUUGCUUUAAUUCUUUUUUUUGUUUAAUGCACUUUCUCUUGUUUUAGUUUAUUGUGCUAGUGUAGCACACAUUUUUGAUCACUCCACAUGUAAUAUCUACCAUAUAAAUAUGUUUCAAAUGUUCUAUUGAAACAUUACAUUUUAAGCCAGUACACAGUAGAGGCAAGUAUGUUUACUUAUGGUUUCAUGUACACAUUCAGCAUUUCUAUGAAGUUUGAAAAUUUGUACUUUUCUCUUUGUUUUCUUCUUUCUAGUUUGUUUGUUUGUAUGUUCAUUCAAAAUAAUGUGUAUAUGCAUAUUUAUUCAAAAGAAGUGGUCAUACAUUUUCCUUAAUAAUAAAAAGGCAUUUAGGAUUUUA